AUGGCGUCGAUGGUUGCCUCUGCGGGACUGACUGCUGCCGGACUGCUGCUCCUCGCCCUUACCCUCAUCGCCGUGGUUCAGACGAUGAAGGCAACGUAUGGGGAUGGCACGGUGAGCAGGAUGAGGUACCGUAGGUCCCUUGCGACAUCUUCUGGAUCAAUAGGAGGAGGCGGAACUGUAGGAUCAACGUCAAUGGUCAAAGGAAGCGUGGCGUGUUUGGCGUUGGGCUGUGCCCCUGACGGCCACUGUGAGGUGGACCAGAAUGGAGAGCUUGCCUGCAUGUGGGACUCGCCAUGUGGCACCUGCCCCACUGGAGCCACCUGCGAGACCACACCGGCCAAGAAUGACAGCUUGGUGCUGGCGCCUUACUGCCUGUGCCCUGAAGGCUACGGGAUGACUGACACCGAAUGUGUUGAGGGUGUCGAUUCCACAGUCUCCUCCACCAGCUUCACGCUCAUCGCGAAUCGAACCGCCAAGGACAACGCAUCCAAGCCCUACACCCUGCGCUGGAACCUGGAUGGGUGUACGCAGUACCCUGAAGAAGUGGCUGGAAAGUACACAACAAUCUAUACCGUGUGGAACACCACCAACACUCCGGCGUGCCGGGAUGCCACUCUGUACAGCACGGACAACUGUGAAGGCACAACUAUUCCUACCGCUUACUGGGAAUUUUUGCCUAGACCUUUUUCUGCAUUUGCUGCGCUGGAUAUGGACACACCUGGACCAAUCCGCUCUGUGAUGUGCUCUCCGCCUCACGUCUAA